GAACCAACUCAACUCACUCCAUGAUGCACACCAAACUUGGGUGACUCCUCGAUCUCAAAUCAUUCAUGCUUGCCAACAAAGCCUCUGCACCAAACCCAAUAUAACAAAUCCACCUGAGCUUCAUUCCCUUCAUUCUCAUAACCACCCUCUCUCUCUCUCUCUCUCUCUCAUUUAUGAGGCAAUGAGAGACCGGCGGAUUGAUAGGUUCAUCCUCCUUCCCUUCUCCGUCGGCUGUGUCUCUGAGUCUAGUGUUGCAGUCUACGAAAACCAACCCAAGAGAGCACAGAGGGAUGGAGCCCCAAACACACCGAGUGGAGAUGGUGACAGGCGGCAGUCUACUGUAGAAGUCAAGAACUCAUCUGCUGUCCUUGCCUUUCCAAAGCCCAACAUCUCUGCAGGGAUUCAGAAGCUAGUCAAGAGCUUCAAGAGCUUGUCCCAACAUGUUGUUGUGUUGUACAAGGACGAGGAUGAAGAGGUGGAGAUGGAGAUUGGGUUCCCAACAGAUGUGCAACAUGUGGCCCACAUAGGUUGUGAUGGAUUCAACAGCAGCAUGAGCGGCAACAAGAACUGGGACAGAGCCCCCGAGUUGCUGCCCCUCCCCUCCUCAAUGCAGCAGUAUGAGCUAGCCGUGGCUGCACAGGCUGGAGCCCCUCCACCCUACGGUCCCCGUGCGUCUUGGCCACAGUGAUGGUGAUCGAGAGGAGGGCCAUGUGAACUUGCAUAUCUUGCGUGACAUGACAACCUAUUACAUAUUUUCUGGUCCGAAGAUGCAAAUUUGAGUUUGUAACCACAAACCCACUCAUCAUACCACUUCUUUUGGUUCACAUGAUUUGACUGCCCACCAAUGUGAUUUCAUAUUGUGGUAUAUAACAUAUAUAUCUAUAUACGUACUAUUGAGAUUAAAAGGUUAAA